AUGUUUCUUAAAGAUUUCAUUAUAGAUGAUAUUAAUAAAUAAUUAUAAGUGAAUCAAGUUUAUGGAUAAUCAUAAGUUGAUGAUAAUUAAAUUUAAGUAAAUCUAUAAUUUAAAUAGAAAAGAAAUUUUAAGGAGUAGUCAUUAUAAAAAAUGAUGCAUACACAAAAAAUUUAGGAACAAAUGAAGCUUAAUAUGAUAUAAAAGAAGUUGAUUUUAAUUCUGUAAAUUACUUCAAUAUAUAGAUAGAUUCUAUUUGAUAAUGAAAAUGAAAAUAAAAAUUAACUACGAUUCCAAUUUUAGACAAUUGAUUCGACUAAUUCAUUGAAUUAACCAGAAAUAGUCGAUUUUGAAUAAUGUAGAGCUUCCAUUGAAGAAGGUUGUUAAGAGAGAGAUUAGUAGUAAUCAUUAGAAUAAGAAAUUUCAAAUUAAAAUACAAUUAGUGAAACUGAAUAAGAGUAGGUUUAAAAUGAAGAAUUUGCAUUAAAAACAGAGGUUUAAAAUUUUGAAGUACUAAAUUUUACAGAAAUUUAAAUUCCUGAAUAAAAUAAAGUUAUUGCAUCUAAACCAUAUUCAGAUAUAAUAAGAAGUUUGGAUUAGAGUGAUUAUAUGGGUGAGUUUUUGAUUACUCCUUUGAAAUAGUUUGGGAUGUUUUAAUGUGUAAUUAUUAGGGAGAGUUUUGGUUUUAAUAGUUUUAAACCAAAAUAUAAAUUAUAUUGGUAAGAAAAAAAGUAGUUUUUGAUAUCUGCAAGGAAAUAAUUGAAUAAACAUAAAUAUAAAUUAUCAUAAGAUCCAGAUUUUUCAUCUAAAUUUGAUGCUGCUUUAAUAGGAAAAGUAGAAUAAAGCAAGUAAUCAAAGGCAGAUUAUUUUCUAUUUGAUAAUGGAAUAAAAAAAAAUAAUUAAAAAAAUUCAAUUAUCAAUCCUAAACCAAGAAUAUAAUUAGGAGGAGUGUUUUUUGAAAUAAAUUAAAGUAGUUAAAAAUAACCUAGAAAAAUGAUGGUUUUAUUAAAAUAAAAUGGAAAUGAAAAUUAAAUAAUAACAUUUGAAAAUAGAUAACCAGUACUUAAAAAAUAAUUUGAUUGUAAUUUAAAUAAUUAAAAAAAAUAGAAACAAUUUACACUCUUGACUUUUUUGGAAGAGUUAAAUAAGCAUCUGUGAAAAAUACAUAAUUAAUUAUGAAAAAUGAUACUAAAGAUUUAAUUUAUUUUCAAUUAGGAAAAGUUAAUGAUUAAUAAUUUAAUUUAGAUUUCAUGAGUCCUUUUAGUCCCCUAUUGGCAUUUUAAGUUGCAUUGACUAUAUUCGAUUUUUAAUCAAAAUGA